CUAGUUUCAGUUCUAAAACGGAAGGAUAAGCAGUGCAUCAUUUUAACGUCUCCCCUUGUUUCUUAGGUUGGGCUUGUCCUGUAGCACAUUGUUUGUUCCUGCUUUCUGGCUGUCCUGAAUAGUGGAAAGUCUGAGUGACUGUUACAGAAGGACACUUACAGUCUGCAAGAGAACAGGUUCGGAGCUGCUUGUUUCCACUAUGGCUACUCGAUUGUUUGAGGGGAAAACCCAUGCAUCUUACUAUCAAAAAUAUAGGUUCUCUCCACCACAAGAGGUCCAGGACUUGAUUUUCAACUACAUGGGUGAAAGGCUAUCAAAACCUUAUGGGUUUGCAGUGGAUGUUGGAUGUGGAACAGGACAAAGCACCAGAAUCUUGGUUCCUUACUUUGAAAAGAUCUUGGGGACCGAUAUCAGUCCUGCUCAAAUAGAAGAGGCUAACAAAGCUAAUGAUAUCUCAAAUGUUACUUAUAGUGUUUCUCCCGCUGAGGAAUUGCCAGUGGAUGAUGCUUCUGUAGAUCUCGUAACUGCAUGUGCUGCUGCCCACUGGUUCAGUAUUGAAAAGUUCUAUAAGGAGGUGGAUCGGAUCCUGAAGCCUCGUGGUUGCCUUGCUAUUUUUACGUACAUUCCUGACAUGGAAGUGCAUUACAAAGACCGAUCAGAACAGUUGACAAAAGUCUUUAAAGAGGGGCAAGAAAAGUUGGCCCCGUAUGAAAAUGAGAAAGUGAGACUUGUGAAAACAGGUUACAAAGACCUAUUUGAUGCCAUACCUUAUACAGACAAAAAAAGGGUUGAAAAUAUGACAACCAAAAAGCCAAUGUUGUUGUCAGACUUUUUGGGUCUCAUACAGACCUUCUCUAUGUUCCAAGAUUUCCUUAAACAUGAACCUGAGAAAGCUAAGGAAUUUAUAGUGACAACAGAAAAAAGGUUCCUUGAAAUCAUGGGGGUAUCCUCCACUGAGACAGAAAUUGAAGUGCGGUUGAACAAUGUAUGUUUGUUGGCCUCCAAGCCUAAGUGAAGAGAUAAAACAAUAAACAUGCCUAGCGCAACAAAGCUUUUGUUACAUGAACCAUAAUAGGUCUGUUAGAAAAAAAAGCUUAAGUAAAUGAAUCUUGUAAGAUGCUACACAUUAUAUAAACUCUUGAAAAAAAUCAGUGUUUCCUGUUUGAUUUUUAAUUCACGCAGCUUAAAAAUCAUAAUGUAUUGCUAGGGAAAUACAUAUAAUAAACAACAUGGUAAAGGAAAGCAUUGUCUUUACAGCAAAUUACAUGAAUCAAAGUUAAGAAUAUUUUGAAUAAAUCCUAUU